GGAAGGAAGUGUCACGUGACUCGGAGCCGCGUUAUGCCAGUGCAAAGUUCACGCCGCUACCAAAGAUGGCGGCUUCUAUUAGAGCGGCGGCCGGUCGGGCUCUGCACAGCCGCUGCCAUGAGAAGUUGCUGUCUAUAGGUCGGGGGCUCUUCAGUGGGGCGCGGUGCCUUGUCGCGGAGGGGGAGACGAACUUCGGAUUCCAGACUGUGCCGGAGGCGGAGAAAGGGGAGAAAGUUUACCGUGUAUUUGAAAGUGUAGCCAAGAAGUAUGAUAUAAUGAAUGAUUCAAUGAGUCUGGGGAUUCAUCGGCUCUGGAAGGAUAUCCUGCUGCAUCAAAUGAACCCUUACCCAGGAACUCAGCUGUUAGAUGUUGCUGGAGGGACAGGUGACAUCGCCUUUCGGUUUAUCAAUUAUGUUCGUUCCCAGUGGGAGCACCAGAUGAGACAGAAACUGAAAUCCCAUCAGAAUUUAUCAUGGCAGGAAAUCUCCAAGAGUUACCAGGAAGAGGAACUUAAAUUGGCAGGAGGGUCCCAAGUGGUGGUCUGUGACAUUAACAAGGAAAUGCUAAAGGUUGGAAAGCAGAAAGCACAACAUCUUGGCUACUCUGAAGGCUUGUCCUGGGUGGUUGGGAAUGCUGAAGAGCUGCCCUUCAAUGACAACAAGUUUGAUGUUUACACAAUUGCCUUUGGAAUACGGAAUGUAACUCAUAUUGACCAGGCACUUCAGGAGGCGUAUCGUGUGCUGAAACCAGGAGGGAGAUUUCUGUGUCUGGAAUUUAGUCAAGUCAACAACCCCCUUAUUUCCAGGUUCUAUGACUUGUACAGUUUCCAGGUUAUCCCUGUUCUGGGCGAGAUUAUUGCUGGAGAUUGGAAGUCCUACCAGUACCUUGUGGAAAGCAUUCGACGCUUUCCAGCCCAGGAGGUGUUUAAGGCAAUGAUUGAAGAUGCAGGUUUUCUGAAGGUGGAAUAUCGGAAUCUAACAGCAGGCAUUGUAGCCAUUCACUCAGGUUUCAAACUGUGACCUUCCUACUUUGCAAAGCUCUUGAAGAAUAAAGGGUAUUUCCCCUGAAGAAGCUAAAAGCUAUGCAACUCCAAAAACUUCACUGCUAAGAUAGUCUGAGGGGAUGGGAAGACUUGAUCCGUCUGCAAAAUCUGAAACUUCAGAUUUUGGGUUUCUGAAAAGUUGAAAUUAUGUUCUUACAACCAAGUCAGGACCUAGAAUCCCUCUAGCACUUAGGUAUUUAUGCAAGUAUGGGUCAGGUGAUUCCUUGAUGCCUAGCAUGUGCUCACUCAACCAAUUACCACUUUCCUAGAAUCUCAGACUUUUUUAUUGGACAACUUGUUUAGUACAUAUAAUUCUCAAGUACAGUCUGGAUAUUGCAAAAAUUACACUUAAGAAUUAUCUAAGCAGGACAACAUGUACUCCAUACACCAGUACUAAUAGAACUCGUUGAAGGUGGACAUGGACCAACUAGCCUUCAAACAGGAGAUCUCCCUAUAUUGUAUUGAAGUAAUGACUCAAGUUCAGUGUGGGUAUGGGAAAGUGUGUGACAUGUAGUAUUUGUGUAUUUAUUUUAAAGAUAUUAAAUUUUAUGCAUCAAUCUUUCA